CGUGAAUCUGCUAUGGGGUGGAAAGAUCAAUUCGAAUGGAGAAGAUUCAAAUUCACAUACGAACAUCCCGAGCAAAUAGUCCUAUGCCAAUGGCAAACCGACACCUCUAUCCCAACAAGCUAUUUACUCUUUCGUAUGGUUUUCCUGACUUUUUAUAUAGGCAUUUGGUAUGCCGGCAUACGGAUGGUAAACAUCAGCAUACAAUGCGGUUGUCUGCCGAGUAUCAAUCAAGGUUCUAUUCUGCUGUACUACACCACUUGGAGUGAGAUCUUCUGUUGCAUAGCUUGUAUUUCAUCGUUUCUGAUCACCAUCACCCAAUACGUGAGGGAGAACGAAGAUGAGAAGACCCCGGUUUUCGAAUGUAAAACUUGGUUCAAGAUUCACCUGGCCAUAUAUACCUUGGCUUUGGAUUCCUCAGUUGGUUUGGCAUUUGGUUACUUCGGCUACGUGUACUAUAACGAGAGGAGGUACUAUAGAGGGAUAUCAUAUGUGCUACACUUGUGGACCGGAGUGCUGAUGCUCUUGGAUUUCAUGCUUUCUUCCAUGCCCACGAAUCUUUUCCACUUUUAUCUCACUAUGAGUGCUUCUCUGACGUACGGAAUAUUCAGUUGGGUGUAUUACAUCUCCGGAGGUAAAGAUUAUUUGGGAGCGAAGUAUCUUUACGAGAUACUCAAUUGGGAAGAUACUCCGUGGACAGCUGUUCUGGCUCUCGGUGGAACUUUUAUAUCUUUUGCUGUUGUUCGUCUUAGUGUGUUCGCUAUGUUUAGAUUGAGAGAUAAGAUAUAUGUGAAAUAUUAUCAUAAUGAUAGUGAAGAUACGGCAGCCACCAGAUAUUUUGUUGUUACUUAGAUUGUUGUCGAUUUAUAAUUUGAACUUUAAACUUGUUGUAUGCAUACUU